CUAACACAAGUAAGCAGAAGGUAAUAUUUAUGUUUUCAAAUGUAAACAUGGCAGGAGAGUCGGUAGGGAGUGAAGAGAACGAUACUUCUGUUCAAAAUGCAAAUGUCAGGAAAAACAGAAGAGACUCAGGUAACACUGCUAAUGACAAGCCUGGUGCUCCAAAGUCCAUUAAACGGAAGCGUGAUUCGUUAGAAGUGAUCGACGACGAUGUGGAUAUCAAACCUUCCAAAGAUCAACUACGAACUCAUCGCCUAUGUCCAUACUUAGACACUAUAAACCGACAAGUUCUGGAUUUUGACUUUGAAAAAUUAUGCUCCGUAUCCCUGUCAAGGAUCAAUGUCUAUGCUUGCCUGGUGUGUGGGAAAUAUUUUCAAGGCAGAGGGACAAACACACACGCAUAUACACAUAGUGUCGCUGAAAGCCAUCAUGUAUUUCUCAACCUUCAUACUUUGAAGUUUUACUGUCUACCAGACAACUAUGAAAUUAUAGAUUCCUCGCUUGAUGAUAUAAAAUAUGUCCUCAAUCCAACAUUUACUUCAGAACAGAUUAGUGCCAUGGACACUAGUGACAAAUUAUCAAGAGCAAUUGAUGGAACAAUGUAUAUUCCAGGGAUUGUGGGACUUAACAAUAUAAAAGCUAAUGACUACUGCAACGUUAUUUUGCAGGCAUUGUGUCAUGUAACGCCACUAAGAAAUUAUUUUCUACGUGAAAUUAAUUAUGCUCGUAUAAAGAGACCACCAGGAGACAGUUCAUUCUUACUGGUACAGAGGUUUGGAGAGCUUAUGCGAAAGCUGUGGAACCCUCGUAACUUUAAGGCACAUGUUUCUCCCCAUGAAAUGCUUCAAGCUGUUGUCCUGUGGAGUAAAAAGAAAUUUCAGUUUAUUGAGCAAGGUGACCCUAUAGACUUCCUGUCCUGGUUUUUAAAUGCAUUACACUUAGCUCUGAAUGGUACAAAGAAACCUGAUUCUUCCAUUGUGUAUCGCUCCUUUCUGGGAUCGAUGAGAAUUUACACCCGCAAGAUUCCACCAAUAGAGUUGGAAGAGGAGCAGAAGAGUGCUCUAUUGCUUACAGAUGAAUAUCAAGAGAAGGUGACAGAUUCACCAUUUCUUUAUCUAACAUGCGACCUGCCACCUCCACCUCUGUUCAAAGAUGAAUUUAGAGAGAACAUUAUUCCACAGGUGAACUUGUAUACAUUGCUCCAGAAAUUCAAUGCACAAACUGAGAAAGAGUAUAAGACAUACAAAGAGAAUUUUAUGAAGAGGUUUGAAAUUACUAAGCUGCCACCAUACCUCAUAUUAUAUAUCAAGAGGUUUACGAAAAACACAUUCUUUGUUGAAAAAAAUCCAACCAUUGUGAAUUUUCCAGUCAAGAAUGUUGAUUUUGGAGAUAUUCUUACUCCUGAAGUCAAGGAGAGAUAUAACAACACAAUAUAUGAUCUGGUGGCAAAUAUUGUGCAUGAUGGUGAACCAGGCAAAGGUACAUACAGAGUACAUGUGCUGCACAAGGGAAGUGGCAAGUGGUAUGAGAUGCAGGAUCUUCAUGUCACCGACAUACUUCCACAGAUGAUCACAUUGACCGAGGCGUAUAUUCAGAUAUAUGAGCUCAGGAAGGAUUUUAAAGAUGAUUUGAAGAUGGAGGUUGUAUGACAUAAGGCAUCAAACCCUGGCACAUUUCAUAAGUUUCCGAAGCAAGUACCUUACUGAAGAAUUCUUCAUGAGAGGAAAAUGGCAUGCAACAGUUGUUCAUUGAAAUGCCAGUGUGACUUAUGUAAAUAUUGUAUUUAUAACCUGACUGAAAAGUCCCUACUCCUCUACUACAAAAACUGUAUACUGUGCAGCAAAUGUCUGUUUUCACUGCCAUUCUCUAUCUUUAUUUAUGUCUCCUGCCCGUGGGUAGACUGGUAAGUGAAACUACUCGUGUGACACAUCACCUCCAGUGCAGACACUCAAAUGAUGCCAUCAAAAGACCACUGUAUUAAAAUUAAAUAUUUUACUGAAA